GCACUCAGUUAAAUUCAUGGUCAUUAGACACAAGAAGGUUUGGAAGAGACGUCGGGAACAUCAAGACUACCUGGGUUUCUACACCCUGGACAGCCACCACCUGUCUGCCUCAGUUCAUGGUCUGCUAGGUCAGUUCUACCAUGGGGUUGAGUUUGAGGUGACAGACCUGCGUCCGGGUGAGUUCCAGGAGAACUUACAUGCCACCAUGUAUGUGAAGGGACAAACACUCAACGUGACCAGACACUGGCAGAAGGACUUCAGCAGCCACGUGAAGGAUGGAGAAAAUAUUCCCUGCUGGUUUGUUAACAAUGAUGGAACAGGCCUCAUCGACGGGAGAGCCUCAGACUACGUUGUGUCAGAGCUUUUUAAGACUGCUUUUUGAAUUGAGUCUGCAUCGUCUCUCAAAAACAGAAUGACUGACAACAUUUUAAAUAUAUCCUGAUGUAAACUAUUGCAGUCAGGGGAAAUAGGGCACCAUCAGUCUGUCACUUAGGGAAGAAUCAAUCUUUGAACCAAAAUAUGUUACCUCCUCAGACUGUUUGUUGUGUAAAUUAGAGAAACAUGACUAUAAGGUUUAAUGGUACAUUUGGUUCCUCCUUCUUUUUUUUUCUUCCUCCUCAAAUUGCCUGGCACUGACUAACUGCAGCAGCUAUUUACACAUUGCAAUUUGCACAGUGCAUCAGACUUGAAGAAGACUUGGUUUGGGUUUGCUAAUCUCUGAUAAAGUUUGUUAAAACAUUAGCCUUUUUGUUGACCAUUUUCCCUAAAUAAAUAUAAAAACCCCAUAUUGAAUUUAUUCAUGUUUUUAUUAUUGGUAGGUAGAAAAUCACAAAUCAAAGGAUCAACGACUAAUGGUGCACACACUGUAAGCAAGCCCAUCCUUUGCCCUUUGGAUCAAACUCCGAGUAGUACCUCAAGCCUGGGAAGUGAUCUGUUUUUGUGUUUACUCUAUGAUAAUACACAGUGCAAAAUAUAGACAAUGGUCUUUAAAGAAUUAUUUACAGAGAAACCACCUCUGCCCAAAACAAGGUUUAAUGAGAGUAGUGACUAACUCAUGUAUUAAUCAGAAAGGAUGACACCCAGAAUAACAAACUUAUAAAAAGAGGGAGCAGACUGUGCUCCGGGCCCUUGAUCCAGCGGAGUUUCGAGUGAAGCAGAUCAGACCCACAGCUGUGUUCUUUACU